AUGGCCUAUCUUGUCUCCAUGACGUACCAACACCGCGCCCGCAUCAGUAAGUUACGCAAGCAAGGCUUUCCCAUGCCAGAUGGCUGGAGCUGGUUCUUCGGUCACUCACUCGUCCUCUUCCGCUACACCAGCCGCUUCCCUCCUUUGGCGAAUAUCGGCAUCCCCAUGCGAGAGCUCAGCAAAGAAUUCGCGGACACUGAAAUGUUCCUCAUGGAUCUAUGGCCAAGCUACCCCUCUUCAAUUGUGUGCUUCAAUCCGGAGGCGGCCAAUCUUGCAACCCAGAAAUACAACCUCCCAAAGCCACCAAAGGCAGGGACUUCAGUGGAGCCCAUAGUAGGUGGACCAAGCAUUCUCUCCUUCAACAACAGCGACUGGAAGAAAUGGCGAGCUCUGCUUAACCCUGGAUUCAGCGCGCAGAGCCUGAUGAACCAUGUCCCAUUCAUUGUGGACUGUGCGCAAGUCUUUUGCGACAAACUCCGUGCCAACGUUGGAAAAGGCAUCUUCUCGUUGGAUGAUUAUGCGACGCGCCUGACCUUCGACGUUAUUAUGAAGGUUACACUAGAUUCCGAUAUCAACUACCAACGCCACGAGCACAUCAUUCCGACGGCCAUCAACACUAUUACGCGAUGGCAUUCAUUUUGGGACCCGCGCAUCUUACUAAACCCAAUACGUCCCAUCGUCCAAAGGUACUACGGCCGCAAAAUGGUGAACUACAUAAACAAGGAAUUGCAGCGCCGCUUCGAAGAGUUGAAGGCUGAGCGGAAGACGUCGGGUGCAGCUCCCCGCAAGUUGAAACGUCCGCUCUCUGUCAUUUCUCUUGCACUGGAAGACUACAUCGAUGAGAGCAAAGACAGCAACAUCUUAGAGACAGCCACGUUGGACAAGGACUUUGCGGCAAUUGUCUCCAACCACAUUCGGCUCUUCCUUUUCGCAGGAAAUGAUACCACCUCGGCGACGAUCGUAUUCGCCCUUCAUCUCAUGUCAAAGUACCCGGAGCCAUGCUCUCAGCUGCGGAAGGAGCAUGAUAGCAUCUUCGGCGCGGACGUCUCUAAGACAGCCGAAGUCUUAAAGGCGCAGCCCGCCCUACUGAAUCAGUGUCGAUAUACUCUAGCUUUCGUCAAGGAGACUUUGCGGUUGUAUCCACCUGGAGCCAACAUGCGUCUGGGAACCUCGGAAGCCACACUGCCAGCACUCAACGGGAAGAUACUUCCUACCGAAGGGUUGAACAUUAUUCUGGUCCAUCAGCCCAUCCAUAUGAAUCCCCGGAUCUGGCUUAAGCCCAAUGAGUUCAUUCCGGAGCGGUGGCUGGUAGAGCCUGGUCAUGAGCUGUAUCCCCCAUCUGGUGCGUAUCGACCAUUUGACAUUGGUCCUCGGCGCUGCAUCGGCCAAGAACUAUCCCUCACUGAGAUCCGUACGGUCUUGGUCAUGACGGCCAGGAAUUUCCACUUCAAGCCCGCGUACGAGGAUUGGGAUCAGAUCCAGGCACAACAAGCGGGCUUUUGGACGAAGAUGAUUCGACAGUUUGGAAAGGAAGAGCCGAACACUGUUUACGAUGAUAGAGUAUAUCAGACAGAGAAGGCAGGCACGCAUCCUUCAGAUGGGUAUCCAUGCCGGGUCGAGCUUGUGGACUCAAAGGCAGAGUAA